CCCUUGGGAUGGCUUCCUGGAGGCGCUGGGCCGCGCAGAGCCCGAGGUGCGGGGCUCCGACGGCCGCCUGGAGCUGAUCCCACUGCUGCUCCGGUUGCCUGGGGUAUGCCAGAAGAACCUGAUGUCCCUUCUGCUGGCUCUUCAACCCUCCUUACCCGAAAGCGGCCUCCGCUCAGUGCUGCAGCUUGACCAGCGGGACACAGCGGCUAUCCCUGAUGCCUGGCUCCACGCCCUCAUGGAGCUGCUAAGGAGGGAUGUUGGGGUUGGAGUCCCUGUGGGGGGCUCCUCUCCUUUGACUGCCAGCUGUCAGUCACAGCUCCGAGACCUGUGUGGGCGGCUGGGCCAAGGGGGGAGGGGGCUGAAAUUGGCCCUGGCUCCAGAUCCAGAGCAAGAGGACGGACUCUCUCAGCUUUGUGGGAAACGCAGGAAAGAGCCAGAGGAAGAGGCUGAGUCGGAGAGAUCCCCUAAACGGUUCCGCGGCUGGGAGGAGGAGGAGGAGGAAGGAAAGGAACGGGAAGAGAGACCCAAGCUGCAGUCCUCGGAAUCCGCAUCGAAUGCCGGAGGUGUGUUGCCUGAUACUGAAUCCGAGGCUCCGGACACUGGCCCGGGCGUCGAGGAGGCCAAGGGUCCAGCUGAGAGUGUGGAGCUGCCCAAAGUUGUCCAGGACCAGGUGCCCAGGCUGCAGCAGCUGCUGAAGGCCUUCCAGGAGGAGCAGGAGGGGCUGGAGGAGCCCCCGGUGGACCUGCAGUUUCUUCACGAAUGUAGUCCCAGUCAGAUGGAGUUGCUCUGCAGCCAGCUACAGCUACCCCAGAUCCCUGAGGGAGACCUCCUGCAGCUCUGCAGCCACCUGCUGGGUCUAACACCAGCCCUCAGCAUCAGCAACGCCUCUGUGCUGGCCAGGAGCCUCUUUCUUGACCGGAUCCGCUCCCUGCAGUCCUCUGCCUCCAGACUUCUCAGGGUGGCCCUCACCUCCUUCUGUGUAAAGUACACCUAUGCUGUCUGCAGGACUGUCCUCUGUCCCGUGCUCCAGGACCCAGGUGUAGGUCCUGCGCAGACCGAGUUACUGUGUUCCCUUAUAAAGGACGAGUCCCUGGAACCAGACAUGCAGGUCCAGAUUCUGGGGCAGGUCCUGGAGCUGGCCUGGAGGGAGGAGACCUUCCCGGUGCUGCAGGCGCUCCUGGAGCGACAGGUGGAGAUGACCUCUGAGGCGUUCAGUGUCUUGAUGCAGAAGCUUUGCAAAGAGGGGCCGGCAGCCACCACCUCCAUGGCCUAUGCCAAGCUGAUGCUGACGGUGAUGACCAAGUACCAGGCCAGCAUCACAGAGCAGCAGAGCCUGGAUCUGGCUGUGGCCCUAGAGCCCAAUGCCACCUUCCUGAAGAAGUCCCUGCAGGCAGCGCUGAGACAUCUGUCCCGCUGACCACCCAGGAGGACAGCCGCCCUGACCUCUUGCCUCUUGCUUACAGAAUACAACCUGAGCAGUCAGCUGCCUCUUGCCCACUCCUGACCACAUCAGGAUACAGGGCGGGUGGAGGAUGAGUGGGGGUGGGCGGCGGAACUUCCAGCGUGAAUGUUUCGUUUGUUUCUGAACUGAGUGAUUUUGUAACAGUUCUUAAUAAAAAGAAGAAAGCUCA